AUGAUUGACCAAGGAACUUUGAAUGUUGCGCAGUUUUCAGUUUCGUAUUUGUUGAAUUAUUUUGCAUUCAUGUCACAGGGUAAGAAAUUAUUAAAUUAUUGAACGGAAUCCCAGAAUAGAUUUUUCAAAAUUAAUUAACAGAUUUUUUAAAUACUUAUUUUCGGCGGGAUCAUUUUCAUUUCGGAAUAUUUCAAAAAUAAUGAUCUUGGAAUCUUUUCACAAAUGUAGAAGUUUGCUGUAGAACUUUGACAAAAAUGUUGCGAAGAUAAUCCGAACUACACUUUUUUUCAAAUCCGGUUGAUACUUUGAUCUUGAAGUUUGUUGUUGAAAAAAAAUGUUUCGAAAAAUUUCUGGAAAGAUCUUUGAAAAAUCGGAUUCUUGAACCAAAGAUUCCUAAACAAAUAGUUUAUUCCUCAUUUUUCUGAUCUAUCAAAUUUGUGUUUUGAAAAAGCGCAUACAUAUUUUUGUGAACGAUUUUUAUAAGAUGGUUUCAGGUUCAAUCUUAACUUUCUCAAAAAAAACAAUUUCAGAAUUCAUUCAAGAACCAUUAAUGGAAAGUGAAUCUCGUCUCCGCGGAACAAUUGAUCCACACGCAGGUUACAUUGGCUUCACAAUUCUUUGGUUCACAAAUGCAUCAACUUGUAUUUUUGGUGGAAUAAUUGUUGAAAAAUUGACUGCAAAAUGGUCAAUGUUCCUCGGAAUAUGUUUUUAUAUUAUUUAUCAGGCAACUUUUUUACACAUUAAUCCAAUUGGAUUAUAUUCAACUAGUGUUUUAAUGGGACUUGGUGCAACAUUAUUGGGAAUUGCUCAAGGUAAAGCAUUGACGGAAAAUAGUUCAGAUGUAACUGUUGAGAGAAAUACAUCACUUAUGUGGACUAUAUUUAAAACUGCGUGAGUUCUGUAUUCAAAAUUGAAAUUUGAAAUCUUUGAAAAUUUAAGAUUGAUUCUUGGCGGAGUAUUUUUGGUAAUAAUGUUUCGCCAUCAAACUUUAUCUGAAUCUAUCGAAAAUGGACAAUACGCAAUUCUUUGUUAUGUUUUUAUUGGUUUGAAUGUUUUUGGAGCAAUCAAUGUUGCUUUAUCACCAAAAGCUGUUUAUCAUGUUGAAAAGGAAAAAGAAACUGUUUGUCAGACACUUACAGAAACUUUUCGAGUUAUGUGUACGAUGAAAAUGGGAUAUUUGAUCCUUAUUUUCAUUUAUCUGGGAUUUUCGAGAUCGUUUUGGGUUGGUGAGUGACAAGAAGCUUCUUUGAUUUUUAAAAUUGAAGAGUAUUUUCGGAUUCAUUUUGCAAUUUAAAAAAAAUCAUAGAAUAACAAUUUUGAGGAAAAAAGAUUUCAAAAUUUCCGAAAAUGGGAAAAGGAUCAGUUUUUUUAAUGCUCAAAAAUUAGAACUUUGAUAGCCCGUGAUAGUGAAACAAUUAGAGAAAAACAUUAAAAAAGUUCACGUGUGUUUAAUUAUUUACGUGUACUCUUAUCGUCUCGUUUGAUUUUCCAAAAAAAAAAACAAUCAUUUCAAUAUUAUUCCAGCAAUUUAUCCAACUUGCAUAAAAUUCACAUCUCGACUUGGUGGAAAUACAACUCAAUGGUUGGCUAUCAGCUGUAUUGCAACAGGAAUUGGACAAGUUAGCGCAAGUGUCAUUUUAUCUCUAAUCGGAACUCGCGCAAAAAGUGUUGGACGUGAUGUUAUUUAUGCAAUUGGAAUUUUUAUUCAUCUCAUAGUUUUUAUUUUUGUUUGGCUAUUCUUCCCAUAUGACGCGCCUUUGCAUACAACUGAAAAUGUUUCGUAUUUUGAGCCAAAGUAAUUUUUUCUUAAAGACACACAAUCCACUAGAAAUGAACAGAAAUUGAGUUUGUUAUUCUUUCAUAACAUCUUUCAAGUAAUCGGAAUUCAUAAAAAUCAAGAAAAAAUUUCGAGUCUGGCAAAAGUGAAAAAAACAAAAUAAUUGUUUUUGAAAUCGCUCAGCCGACGGAAAUUUCGAAAGUGUGUGCACACAACGAAGCAAUAGAGCGCACAUGCUGUUUUUGUCAUUUGAAAAUAAAAGCGGGAAAUCUGUUUUUUCUAGUGGCUGAUGUGUCUUUAAAAAGGUCUUAUUCAGCAAAAAAGGUGUUUUCUAGCAAAUAUGUUGCGAUUCUUUGCUCGGGAUUUCUUGGAUUUGGCGACGCGAUUCUUCAAAUUCAAAUGCAAACAUUUUUAGUUGAUGGAUAUUCAAGAAGUUCAUCACAUGCUUUCGCACUUUGCAAAUUUUUUGGGGUACUGUACUAUUAUAGUUCAAAAGUUUCAGUAACUAUGGAUUUUUUUUAGGGUUUCUCUACGACUUUCACAUUUUUCUUCUCAAGUUGGUUCACUCUUCCAAUGCAUUUGAGCCUUAAUAUGAUAGUAGCUGUUAUUUCAAUGAUUGCAGCAUUUAUUGUGCAGAAAAAAUAUUUUACAAACUUUAAAAAAGGUUGUUUUGUUGAAAUUCAGUAGUUUUUUCAAGAUAAUUUGGGUUUCAGAGAAUCUUGCUGCAAUCGAAAUAAAAAUCGACGACAAUGGUUCAACUAUCAAACAUCGUAAUUAAUUUUUUACAGGUUUUUUCACUGAAAUACGGAAUAAACAAAUAAAUAAAUAUUUUUUGAAUGUCCCACCCCCAAAAUUUCUAGUUUGUGCAAACACGGCGACGACAAAAGGAACAACACACAUUUUAGGUGACGACAAUUUAUUUUAUUUUUUGUGUGGUCGAACUUUCGAGCGCGCGCUUAGCACAUUUUUGCCCGCGCUUUUGACUACAAUGAAUCCACAAGCGGAAGUGAGUUUUUAAUUUUCUUUUUUCCGAAGAAGAAAGAUGAGUGACGUUCAGGGCGAAACCGAUGAAAGUCGUCAAAAAUCGCGCGAAGCCCUUCAAUUGCUUCAUGCUGCUGGUUAUUAUCGAGGAAGAGUUGAAUCGAUUCCAGUUUUCGAUCGGAUUAUUGGUGGAAUGGUUUGGUGUAUACAAAAAUGUAUGAUUCCAUUAAAUGUUGAUGUUUUGUAUCGAGAAAAUAUGUCAUUUCGAACCAGAGUGUGAGUUGUUUUGUUUAUAUUUUAAAAAAAAACUGAAGAAUUAUAAACAUUUUGUAGACCAAUAUCUGAAGCUCUUUCUCGCGCACUUAUUCUCAUGGAAUGCCCUUAUCGUAUUGAACCUCAUCAAAUUCUUGGCCUCGACUAUAAUUUUGUUUAUCCGGUUGUUCAAUGGCUUGUCAAAAAAUCGAUUGAAGUUGAUAGUAACACUCAAGACAAUUUGAAAUCAUUCGGAUCCUGGUUUUCUGCAUUUGCUGGUUCACAAGUCGAUGAAGCAAAACAUGAAUUCAAAUUUCUUGUUAGAAAUAUCAAGAAAAGUGGGGAUGUUCAGCGAAAAUUCAAGAGACCAGAAAAUAUGAGUGAAUUAGAAAUGGAAGAAGACGUCAAAUGCACGAUAAGAGAAUACACUCAAAAUACACCUGGAAGUUCGAAAGAUGACGAUGAUUCGGAUGAUGAUCCAUUGAUUAGUUCGGAUGAUUUGGAACAUUUGUCGAGAAUUUCAACAAAUCGAUUUCAUGAAUUAUUAACUGAAAUGAAUCUAACAAAUAGUGAUCGAAAAACAAUAGAAGUUAUACAAAUGAGUGCGAAAAUCAAUAAGAAAUUCGAAGAUUUAGCAACUGUGAUUGAAGAUUCUGCAAUGGCAUAUAUGGAAGAGAAAAAAAGAAAAUGAAAGGCUGACUAGAAAUUGGGAACAUAUUGAGGAAACUUUGAAUAUCAAUUUAGCAGGGUUAGUAGACAAUUUUUGAUUUGAUUUAUUUAUUAUAAGGAUGGUUUUUAGGGAUAACACAAGGAUUUCUGACAUGAUGAAAUCAUACGUGGAAACUAAAGAAAAAUCGAAAUUGUUCCGAGAUUCUUUAUUGUUUGAAUUAGAAGGUAUUCAGAAUGAAAUUCGGAUGGCUCGAAUGAAUUUAGAUGAAAAAGGAGUAAGUGGAUACUUUAUAAUUAAAAACGAGAGAAAUCUUUGUUUCAGAGACCGAAAAAAUACGAUUGUAAUGCUCGUGAUGCAAUCGAUGAAUUGGAAAAAGUGAAAGAAGAACGGCGAAAAUCGGCUCGCGAAUUAUCUCGUCUUCAAUUUGUUCUCGAUGAAGCUCUCACCGCAACAAUUCGAUCACAAUACACAACUCGACAAGAUGAAAGAGCUGAUGAUAUGAAUGAAUUGAAUUCGGAAACUAAACAAAUUAUGGGACAACAUAAUUUGGCUGUGGAUAUUUUGAAUAUCACUACUAAAGUCAAGAAUUUGAAUGAUCAAAUUGAGGAGAUUCUCAAUGAUGGGUUAGUUUUUAAUGGAAAUAUUUGAAUCGGGAAAUCUAGAGGGAAUUUGAAAUUAUUGCAUCAUGAAUACAAAGGAAAAACAUUAGAAAAUGAAAAUAUUUCAAAAUUUCUAACGAAGGUCUCACCCAUACAUCGGUUUCUCCCGGUCAGGGUCUCAAAAUUAGCCACCCCCGGAAUGUGAAAAUACAAAAAUUAGCCAGACCCCCUCAAAAAAAAAAGAGAAAAAACUUGGUUUUUCGGGUGUAAAUUGUUAUUUUUUCAAAAAGUUAGCCGGUCCCCACCUCUUUUUUCCAAAGUUAGCCAGACCCCUCCGGACGAAAAUCCGGGGAUACUGAUGUAUGGUCUCACCGGAUAGAGUUUUCUGUCACUUUGACAGUUGAAAAUACACCCCAAGAAUCCUAACAUAUAUAAAGUAUAGUUAUGACGUGGCGAAGUUCCCGCUUCUGUCAAUAAUCAGAACUUUCGAGUACUCGGCGCUGCUGAAAAAGACUAUGAAAUUUUCUCAGAAAAUAUUGCCGCUGGAGUUAAUUAGGCGGGGUUUCCACGUCAUAACUAUGAUUUUUUAUCGUAAGAUUUUCAAAAUUAUUUUUUCUUGGAGUGUACUUUUCACUGCUGAAGUUUUAGAAAUAGUUUAUCCGGUCAGCCCGUGUUAAUCAAUAUCUCCCUCUCUCCUCCCAAAAUCUCUGUUUUUCCAGUUCGAUUGAUUCCAAACACCAAGAUUUGCUGUUCAAAAUGUUGAAUGACGCAAAAAGCAAAUUGGAAGAUUAUCAUCAGAAGGCACGAAUGACACAAGAGAGAUUGGAUGGCGAAAAACGGAUUGUUGAGGAGAAACAAUUGAGAUUCACUCAAACACAUUUGGAAAUGGAAGGAAGAGCUGAAUAUUUGAAUAAGGUAAUUUUUUUUGAUUCUGAAAAAUUUGGCAGUACAAAAAAAGUUUAAAACAUACUCAAAUAUAGUCUGAAUCAUAUAUCAACGAAGAAAAAAAAUGA